AUUCUUGCUGCCCUGUAGCAGGUAAACAUAUCCCCCUGCAAGGAAAGGCAGCUCCCAGCAUAACUGCUUUGGUCUGGAGUCUUCCUUACGUCUUAGGAACUAUCCUGUGCAUCAUUAAUCGAGGAGAACAGUUCAGUCCAACCUUACAAGAGGGAUAGGAAGGGUUGGGUGUCCAGAGCUGGCCCUUGCUGGUUCAGGAUUCUGCCCCCCCAGUAUGGUAGGUGAAUGCUGAGUGCAUGGGCUGGCUCUUGGGGCCCAGAGGAGGUGCUGAUGUGUGGGCCCUGGGUCUGUUAGAGAGCCUUUCCUUCCCCUCUCCUCACAGCCCACCAUUUCCCAGUGCUGGGCCCUGUUUCUCUGGUCUCCUUGGUGACAAUCUCAUCUCUCCUCGGCUUCUCUCCAGCACCUGAAAAUAGCCUCCGAAAGUGGAGAUGCCUGCUCCCUUCCCUGCUGCCAGCACCCACGAUGGCCAGGCUGGAGCCAGGCUGCUCUGCACAGCACAGCUGUAAGGGUCUGGCCCCAUGGGCCCCUGCACCACUGCGCUGAUUUGGGCCACCCUGUGAGCCAGCACCGAGGCCCCGUCCUCUCCUCGUCCCUCCUCUUCCUGCCUGCUGUGAGGCUGCACCAGGGAGCUCCUUGUACCCCGCUAUGGGCCAGUAUCCAGCUGUCCCCUGCAGCCAGAGACCUGUCCCUUUGGCCCUGUAGCCACCAGCCCUGCAGCCAGCCCGACAGACUCCCAGAAAUAGAAAACGGAGCCGGGAACGGGCAGAGGGGGAGCAGGAAGGUUACCCCACACAUCGGGCUGCCCCCGCCGUGGGACCAGGGUCGCAGCGGACAGUGAGCUGCAGCAGGAUCCCGGACAGGGACAGGCAGGGCUGGGCAGCGUCGACGACAAAGGGUCCGCAUCCACCCAGCCCUUGGCUGGACCCAGCCGUUCUCCGGCAUCCCCGUGGAGAGGGGAACGCUGUGCCCCGCACCGCAAUGGGGCCGGGCAGCAUCGCGUCCGGACGGCGCGGAGCACCUCUCCUGGAGGACGGGGGUCCGCGGAGCGGGCUGUCCCUCCGCUCUCUGGCCCCAGCCAGCCAUCCCUCCAUCGCCCCCUCCCUCGGGUCACCAGGGCCCCCGGGGCCGCGACCACCUAGUUCAGCCCUAGGCUGCUCGGUGGCUGCGGGCGCUGCUCGGUGGCGUCGGCCGUGUCCCGUCGUGUCCCCGUCCCCCCCCCCCCGCGGCGGUGGCGGUGGGGGCAUGGCUGGCAUUGCUCGCUGACACUCUAUCUGCCAGGGCCACGCCAGCCGCGGGCCCAGAAUAGCAGCGCUGCCCCGCAGAGAGCAUGGAACAGCUCCGUGGCCCCGCCGCGUCCCAGGUGGCGCUGCUGGAUGCUGUUGUGUGCCCUGAGGAGGAAGGGUUUCUGAAGGCUGUAUGCCCCAGGGAGGAGGAAGAGGAGGAGGAAGAAUACAGGAGACCUGUCACCUUCACACUGGGAAAUGAGAUACUGGGGCUGGGCCCAGAGGCCGAGUUUCAGAACCCUGAUGCUGAGGUCUAUAUGCACUUCUUGAGGAGCCACUGCUGCUAUGAUGCCAUCCCCACCAGCUGCAAGCUCGUUGUCUUUGACGUCUCCCUGGAGAUCAAGAAAGCCUUUUUUGCACUGGUGGCCAACGGGGUUCGUGCUGCCCCUCUCUGGGACAGCAAAACGCAGAGCUUUGUGGGGAUGCUCACCAUCACUGACUUCAUCAACAUCCUCCACCGCUACUACCGCUCACCUUUGGUUCAGAUCUACGAGGUGGAGGAGCACAAGAUUGAGACCUGGAGAGAGGUGUACCUGCAGGGCUCCCUCAAGCCACUGGUCUACAUCUCUCCGAGCAAUAGCCUCUUCGAUGCUGUCUACUCCCUGAUCAAGCACAAGAUCCACCGCCUGCCUGUCAUUGAGCCUGUCUCAGGCAAUGUCCUGCAUAUCCUGACACACAAGCGCAUCCUCAAGUUUCUCCACAUCUUUGGUUCUACCAUCCCCAAGCCACGCUUCCUGAAGAAAACAGUGCAGGAACUGUGCAUUGGCACCUUCCGUGAUCUGGCCGUCGUGGCUGAGACUGCCCCAGUCCACACUGCCUUGGAGAUUUUUGUGGAUCGCCGUGUCUCCGCCUUGCCUGUCAUCAAUGAUGCUGGGCAAGUGGUUGGCCUGUACUCGCGGUUUGAUGUCAUUCACCUGGCAGCCCAGAAGACCUACAACAACCUGGACAUCAGUGUGAGGGAGGCACUGCAGCAGCGCAGUGUCUGCCUGGAGGGGGUCCUCACCUGUUACCCCCACGAACCUAUGGAGGACAUAAUUGACCGCAUUGCCAAGGAGCAGGUCCAUCGCCUGGUUCUGGUGGAUGAGAACCGCUACCCGCGGGGCAUUGUCUCCCUCUCUGACAUCCUGCAGGCCCUUGUGCUCACUCCUGCAGGCAUCGAUCGAUCCUCACUCUGAAGACACCAGGGAAAUGCCACUGUCUUGUCUGACUCGGGGAUCUCUUGCGCGACCUGUGAGAAGGAGGCUUGGGCCCGAAGGUUCUCUGUGGGGAGGACAUGCUUGUUCACCCCAGUCCUCAGGCUCGUCUUGAGUCCAGGGCUAGAUCCUGCCGGUCUUGGAGAGGCAGAAACACUGAAAAUGGGACCCAGGGGUGCCUCCUGCCAGUGAGCACACAGUGAUGCUCAGUGGGCACUAUGCUGGAGGGGCUGCAACAUGCCGGCAGCUGGGCAGAGACCCAUACAGCCCCACCUGGCCACCCUCUGCCAUCCUGCUGAUGGAUCUGAGUGUUUCUAUUGUGGCUCCCUCCUAGUGAACACAGUCCCGCUGUCUGUGCUCGGUGCCUGGUAGCGUAGGCUCAGCUGCACACACAGGCUUUUGUAUUUUAGGGUCACAGGGGGCUGGAGCUCUCUGGCAGAGGCACAGCCUGUGCUAGAGCUGGCAGCAGGAUGGGCACUUGCAUGGAGACCCUGUGCACGUUUUGGGUUGGGAAGGGGAUAUUUAUUUAUUUGUUAGUCUGCUCAGCCUUGCUGUAACAAAACAGCUUGAUCCAAGAA